ACAAAAUUAAUCCCAGAAACAAUUUCAUCAAAGAACGGACUCUUUCACUCAAAGCGGCCAUCAGUGCAAGCAUUUCUCGAAGGAAAUUAGUCUUCAGAAUAGGAGCAAUGUUUUUAGGUUCGGUCCGGUGAUUGACUCGUUUUGGUCAUCAGGUCUGAUUGAAUCGGUUGAAUUGGUUCACUCGAUCGGUUCAAUCUAUCAAAUAAAAAAACUUUUUUUUUUUACAUAUGUAUUAUAUUUUAUUAUUGUAUGUUAUAUUUCUGUUCUGUGAAGAGGAAGAAGAGGAUCUGUGCUGCUACUGCUACUCAGCUUGGUGAAGGAGAAGCUGCUGCUCAAUUUGCUGAAGGGUUGGAAGGGGCUACCGGCAGUGGUGGUGCAGAGCAGAUGCAGAUUUGUUCUGCUGUUGCUGCUGCUCAGUUCGGUGAAGGGCUGGAAGGGGCUACCGGCAGUGGUGGUGCAGAGCAGAUGCAGAUCUGUUCUGCUGCUACUGCUUCUGUUCAAUGCUGUUGCUCUGUUCAGUGAAGGAGAAACUGCUAUUGUUCAGUUGAAUAAGGUAAGGAAUAUGAGUCGCGAAGGGCUGGAAAGGUUGCCGACGGUGGUGGUUGAGAGCAGGGAGGUCGGUGGAGGAAGAGGAUCUGUUAUGUUUCUUGUUCUUCUUCUUUUUAUUUUUUGUAGUUUUUUUGGAAUGGCGACUGCUGAUUUUUUUUCUUUUUCAGUUUUGACCUUCAAUUAGGGUUUUUAUUUGGUAAUCUUAAUUGAAGUUUAAGGGGUUUUUAUGAAGAAAAUAUCAAUCAUGCA